GGAAGAUCUGUGCAGUGGAACAGGAGCAGCAGGAGAGGAAGGAGUGGGAGAGCAGGGAAAGUGGGGGAAUCUCUGCAAACCCUGGAGUCUCAUUCAGCACCAGCCGCCACUGGACAGCGGCUGAACUGCGGAGUUGAUCCAGAAACGGGAGAUUUGGCUCCAGCAGUCUGGGACUAACACCUCAGGGGCGCUUUGGUUUCCACACUUAGUAAAAAAAAACCACGCUGGUAUUUUUGACUCCACACACCUGUCUCUUCUUCCCUGUUUCCUCCUCCUCUUAUUCUUUUUUAAAAAAUUUGAAUUUCAUCUGUGCGGCGCUUCAAACAGCAGGCGGGUCCGGAGCGGACUGGAGGGCAAAGACGCAGGAAGAAAAACGCAAAACAGAAAGAAAAGCUGGAUGGCGGCAGAAGUUCACUUUCACCACUUUGGACUCACUGGCACGAGGAGGAUUUAAAGGAGCUUGCUGUAGCGCCCACCGGCUCGUCUCUUGACAUUCUGCCUGCAUGAAGAAGGACUAAAUGCACCCGAGUAGUUCUGGAGAAGGAGAGAAGAGAAGCAAACCCCAGCUUUGUUCCUGUCUUCUGAGUGCGCUCUCUGUGGACUCUGUGGUCUCAGCUCACCCUGCACUGUUUAGUUUCUCCAUGUAGCCACUACUCACAGGUGCAGGAAAAGACUGAAACACAAAGAGUAAAGAAGAAAGGGUAAAAGACAAAGAGAGCGAGGCUGCAUAAUUAGUAUUACCGAGUUUGUGUCAAAGCUAGAGACCAUGAGAAGAAGCUUCUGAAGACGACUGUGCUCUGAAAAACAUUGCAGCUAACCUUCAGGACAUUUGCAUGUGCGGGCCGUUAUAUGCGUGCAUUCCUCUUUCAUUUUCAAAGGACUUGAAUUUGUAUUUGGAUGCGGAUUUAGCCUUUCAUUAUGACUCUGCGAGGAGGCUUUGAGAGAAUGUGGACUGGCUGCUGUAGAGGUGCCUGCUGCCGGGUGCUGCUGCUGGCUUGUUAUUUCCUGAUCGCCUUGGCAGCCAAGCCGAAAAUGCCAGGCCACACACACCUCAAUUCAAUACGCAUUGAUGGGGAGAUAUCUCUGGGCGGACUGUUCCCAGUGCAUGCGAGAGGGAAUGACGGCAAAGCCUGUGGGGAGCUUAAGAAGGAGAAAGGGAUCCACAGGCUGGAGGCCAUGCUAUUUGCCCUGGAUCGAAUCAAUAACGACAAUGAGCUGCUGCCUAAUAUCACUCUGGGGGCCCGCAUCCUGGACACCUGCUCCCGGGACACUCACGCUCUGGAACAGUCACUGACAUUUGUUCAGGCGCUGAUUGAGAAAGACUCAACGGAUGUCAAAUGUCUCAGCGGAGGGCCGCCCAUCAUCACCAAGCCUGAGAGAGUGGUGGGAGUGAUCGGUGCAUCUGCCAGCUCCGUGUCAAUCAUGGUAGCCAACAUAUUGCGUCUCUUCAAGAUCCCUCAAGUGAGCUACGCCUCCACGGCUCCAGAACUGAGUGACAACACCCGCUAUGACUUCUUCUCCCGGGUGGUGCCCCCGGACACCUACCAGGCCCAGGCCAUGGUGGACAUCGUCAAGGCCAUGCGCUGGAACUACGUCUCCACUGUGGCUUCAGAAGGAAACUACGGAGAAAGCGGCGUCGAUGCGUUCAUUCAAAAGUCCCGAGAGGAUGGUGGCCUGUGCAUUUCACAGUCGGUGAAGAUACCACGUGAGCCAAGAACUGGAGAGUUUGACAAGAUAAUUCGCAGGCUGAGUGAGAACCCGAACGCCCGAGUAGUCAUUAUCUUCGCCAAUGAGGAUGACAUCAGACGGCUCCUUCAAGCUGCUAAGAAGGCCAAUCAAACAGGACACUUCAUCUGGGUGGGGUCAGACAGCUGGGGCUCCAAAAUCUCCCCGAUUCUGAACCAGGAGGAAAUGGCUGAGGGCGCCGUCACCAUCCUGCCCAAACGCCAAUCCAUCAAAGGUUUCGAUCGCUAUUUCGUCAGCCGAACACUAGAGAACAACAGGAGGAACAUCUGGUUUGCAGAGUUCUGGGAGAAUAACUUCCAGUGCAAGCUGAGUCGACAUGCGGUGAAGAAAGGAUCUGGCAUCAAAAAAUGCACAAAUCACGAGCGGAUCGGGAAAGAUUCAUCUUAUGAACAGGAGGGGAAGGUCCAGUUUGUGAUUGAUGCGGUGUAUUCCAUGGCCCACGCUCUACACAACAUGCACAAAGAUCUCUGUCCUGGAAAAGUUGGCCUCUGCCCCAAGAUGGAUUCCAUAAAUGGCACAAUGCUGCUCAAGUACAUCCGCGAUGUCAACUUCACAGGAAUUGCCGGCACACCAGUGGUCUUCAAUGUGAAUGGAGACGCUCCUGGUCGCUAUGAGAUCUACCAAUACCAGAUGGCAAAUAACACCACAGAGUACAAGAUCAUCGGCCACUGGACGGAUCAGCUCCAUUUAGAGAUCGGUGAGAUGCAGUGGCCUGGGGGAACACAAGAAGUCCCCUCCUCUAUUUGCAGCCAACCUUGCCGUGCUGGCCAGCGCAAGAAGACAGUCAAGGGAAUUCCAUGUUGUUGGCACUGCGAGAAUUGUGACGGGUACCAGUACCAGGCAGACACUUACACAUGCAAGAUGUGCCGUUUUGAUUUGCGGCCCAACGACAACCACACUGGCUGUGUUUCCAUUCCCAUUGUUAAGCUGGAGUGGAGCUCCCCCUGGGCAGUCAUCCCUGUCCUAAUCUCUGUCUUCGGCAUCAUGGCCACGAUGUUUGUGGUCGCCACCUUUAUACGCUACAAUGACACACCCAUUGUUAAGGCAUCGGGUCGAGAGCUGAGCUACGUGCUGCUGACGGGUAUUUUUCUGUGCUAUGCCACAACAUUCCUCAUGAUCUCCACUCCUGAUGUGGUAAUAUGCUCACUGCGACGGAUUUUCCUCGGCCUGGGUAUGAGUAUAAGCUAUGCAGCACUGCUUACCAAGACAAAUCGGAUCUACAGGAUUUUUGAGCAGGGCAAGAUGUCGGUCAGUGCCCCUCGAUUUAUCUCCCCGGCAUCCCAGUUAGUCAUCACUUUCAGCCUGAUAUCAGUGCAGCUCCUCGGAGUGUGCAUCUGGUUCGGUGUUGACCCGUCACAAGCCAUCAUCGACUACGAGGACCAGCGUACGACCAAUCCUGGGAUGGCCCGUGGUCUUCUGAAAUGUGAUAUAUCCGACCUGUCCCUCAUCUGCCUGCUGGGUUACAGCAUGCUGCUGAUGGUCACCUGCACGGUUUACGCCAUCAAGACCAGAGGGGUUCCCGAGACAUUCAACGAGGCCAAGCCCAUCGGCUUCACCAUGUACACCACUUGCAUCGUGUGGCUCGCCUUCAUCCCCAUCUUCUUCGGGACCUCACAAUCAGCAGAGAAGAUGUAUAUCCAGACCACAACCUUGACCAUCUCCGUGAGCCUCAGUGCUUCCGUCUCUCUGGGAAUGCUCUACAUGCCCAAGGUCUACGUGGUUCUCUUUCAUCCGGAGCAGAACGUACCCAAGCGCAAGCGCAGCCUGAAGGCUGUAGUCACUGCAGCCACCAUGUCCAACAAGUUCAACCCUAAAGGUGGCCUGAGGCCCAAUGGAGAGGCCAAGUCUGAACUCUGUGAAAGUCUCGAAACACAAGACUGUGUUGAGGGAGGGGAGCCUUGUGGGGGACUUUAGGCUCUCAGUACUGGCCUCCAAGCAGACUUACAUAAGCUACAGUAACCAUGCCAUCUAAGACAGAGACGAACCGUACAAGUGGAGCAAGGGCCUGCCUGAGGAGAAAUCACCGGAUUCUGGGGAAUAGUGGAGAAACACUGGAGGACUUCAACACUUCUACAGCGGAGAGGACUGGGGUGGAAAGAUGGGAAUUCGUCACUCCAUAAAUAGAAAGGAUGUCAUAUUUUUCUAGAGAAUCAGGUAAAGGCUCGGAUGCCAAAAUUUAUGAGAUAGCGAAAUGAUCCGCAGGAGGGAGUUGGAGAGACGUCGGGGGGGAAAUUGGACAGUUAAUUUUCCUCUUCCCACCCUUUCUGAGAUGCGAACGAGAGGUUGAACAGUGACGUUUUCCCAGAUGCAGGCUGAGUGAACACCUGGAGCCGACCGUACCGUUUUCCUUCUGAAAUGUAUAGCACACAAUUUCAGUUCUCUCCGAGGCUGAUCCAUUUUUCCUCAUUUCAACAAAAACGGGGAAAAAGAGAGUUCUGUUUUUGCUCUAGUCAAAUGCAGUUUACAAGAUGAAAGAGUAAAAAAAAAUUAUAUUCAUUAUUUUUGGUUACCGGUAUUAUUGUUGCUGAAAGCUGCAGUACUCUCCAAACUGCCUUACUAUAGUACAUUCAGUAUUCCCACACGAACUGACCACAUGUGAAACACCUAAAAAUAAAGCAGCGGGUCAUCCCAGCGGGGUUUUUUUUUUUUUAUAUAAAUGUUUCAUAAUAAUGAUGAUGACGCCACCAUCUUGGCAAACCUAGUGUACAGUCCCAGAGCAUGCGUGUGGGAGCAUCACGUGUACUGUGCUGUGUUGUCAAACGUCUAUGGAAUGCAACAUUUGUCAUGGUUGUCAUUCACAGUGGAGAUGUCAUUUUGAAACCAUUACCCACUGGGUUACCCCUCUGCUGAAAAAAUAAAUAAAUUCAAAAAAAAAAAAGAGUAAUUCAAAACACAAAAAGGAGCCACACCUUUAUGGCUCCUGACGCACUCUAUAAAUGUCAGCCAGGACUUGGAGACUUGGCGAUGCAUACUUUAAUCAUCCAAGAUUUAUUGGCCCUUAUUUAUCAUGCGCUUGUUGAAGCCUCCUGAAAGUCAAGCAGUCAACACUGAAGAUGCUUUUCUUGAAAACAACAAAGCAACCAAGGUUGUUUCCAUACUACGCCAUGUUUUUUUGUAUUUGUGUAUGGAUUUCUAUUGCAGAGGGUCUAGAUUAACAUGGUUGAGAGAGAUUCUGUCAGUGAGUGCAGUGCUUGAUAAUUUUUACAGGAAUAAUAUACCACAGCAGUCUGUUGUCAUUCAUUUCAAAGCUUGAAGGUAAGGAAUGGGAGCUAUCACACUAAGACCCGCUGUGAUUUGUGGUAGGUGCACAGAUUACCUGGGCCUCUUGCAAAGUUUUCCCUCUCCUCUGCAUCAUGAAUUUUGACACUGCAGUAGAAAUGAUUCAUGAGGUUUAAUGGUAAUUUUGGUGCAAAAUUAGACUCAUGUAGCUUCUCAGCAGGAAGACCCAUUUGGAGAAGUUGCAAUCGCAGUUUCAUCAAAGAGCAAAAAGAUAACUAGGUGAAUGACAUACUGUACCGCAGCAUGUGUGUGAGAGUAUUAACUUUUAACCAACUCAGUGUGGCCUGUGUUCGUUUAAAUUUAAAUAGUCUCCACAGUCCUUGAGAAUUAGAUUUUGGAAAUUGAGAACUUCUCAUAUGAACGUACAUUUAACAGUCACUUCAUUAAACCAAAUACUUUGGAUUGCAUUUACAUUAGACCAGUAUUAAGUAACAGUGUCCAUCAAAGUGUGGAUUAAGUCCGAAGCUAUACACAGGUUUCAACCUCAUUAAGCUCAUUAUUUGUUUGGUUUUUUAUAUGACUUUGUGGUAAAGUUGUGAGGAUGUCAACAGCAAACCCUUUUUGGGCUCUUACUUUUUUUUGAGUAGCCUACUGGUAUUCCUAAAUUUAAAAAGAAAUAGAGACCUAGAAAAACAAUUAGGGCCGUAGUUAUUUUUUUAAGAAAUUACAAUAACUCAUCUCUUUUUUAAGCAUUAAGCAAACACUAUGCAGUGUGUAAGACCAAGGUGCAACAUUACUUAAAAAAGGAGAUUACUAAAGAAUUCUGGAGCAAGACAGAAAACAGUAAAACAUGGAAACUAACAAAGGAUCUGUUUUGCUGUGUGUUUCAAUAAUUCAAACAGGGUAGUCUAUUAAGUAAUUAAUCACUAAGGUUUUCAUUGGAAGUACAGUGCCGACCUCUGCUGUGUCGCAGACGCUGUGUGUGCGUGCGUGUGUGUGUGUGUGGGGGGUCGCUGUCAAACACUGCCAUGGACAGCAGAGCAGAGAAAGACAAGGAAAGCUGCCUGCACUGUGAAACCAAACACUCCCAUACAUGAGUAAAAGUUUUGCAUUGUAGAGCCCUGCAGCAAACACUUGUCAAGCCAACACACUAAUGCAUCCACGUAUCUAGAUUUGAUUUUAAUAUCUUUUAGUGUCUCCAGUGUCCACAUUGAAACCAGUUUGUGUACAUUCCCAAAAAUUUAAAUAACAACAAAAAUUGAAGAGGAUGGAUAGAAGACGAUGGUUUUAUGUUUGCUAGCCGUCUGAAAACUGGUCGCAUCUUAACUUUAUUCCACUGUCUUGAAUCAAUCCAUCCUAAAUGUGUCUUUGGUGCAUUUACACCUCUUUUUCCAUGUGGUUAAGAACUAGCUGACCACAAUCUGAUCAGGUGUGGAUGGACAGCAUCCAUCCUUCCCAGCAGGACACAGCAAAGAUAUGCAGUAAACCAGUGAGUGAUUUAGUUUAAGACCCAGAUGCUGGAGUUGAAUUUGUCAGGUGGUCAAAAGGACGACUAACAGGAUACUGAUGCCAAUAUGUCGAUGGGUCAGUAGUGUUUCUGUUUUUUGUUAAGCAACUGGGAAAAAAACACUUAAUGCAGCUUAAAACUUCUACUGAGAUGACAUCCACAUCGAAGUCUAAGACAAAUGAUUUGAUUUCCUUUUAUUUUCAAACGGAUCAGGUGGACAUACAGCUGCUUGAGAAAUAAGGGCCAGUGCCUUCAUUCUGUGCCUCAUAUACCCAUUCAAUUACCACAGCCAGUCUUUCCAUGGAUCCUUCAUUUUGCUUUUGUAUCCAUUACCUUUCAAACAUGUGUGUUCCUUUCAAAUAUAAAGAAGAAAAGGAUUACAUUUACAGUUUGUAAUUGUGUGUGUAACCUUCAUUCAAGUCUCUGAUCUCUAAAAAUAUUUGUUAUACACUCUGGAAUUUGUCUCAUUUAAUGUUAGCCUCAGCGAUGCAAAAAUCUGUAUGUUGCAUGUCAGAACCCAUAACAAGUCAUGUGAACACUUUAAGACAAAGGUGUAAUGUCCAGAAGGAAAAAUACUGCAGAGGAUUAUAAAUAACAAAUAUUUUGGUUUGAUAAAUUAUUCUCUCAGCUUCAACAAAAGUCUAAAAUGUUGCCGCAAAUGUUUUCUCAUCAUUUGAUAAAAAAAAAGUAUUGUUUGUGGGAUUGUUUGUGUUUGUGAAUAUGAUCAUUUCAGUUUUUUUUUUUGCCACAAAUCAUUUUGUUUUUUCUAAAACACUUUGUCUGUGUUACAAAAUAGAAUAUGUAAGUGCUGACUGAAAUUAAAUGGCAAGUUAAUGUUCGUUAUUAAAAUGGAUUGAUCAUGUCUGCUUUAUGUACUGAAUUAUAAAAAAAAAAAAGAAAGAUAAAAAAUAAUUACAGUGCCUGGAUAUUUAUGAAUUAUCUAUAGAAAAAAAAAAUGUGUAGAGCAUGUUCAUUUUUAUACAAGAUAUUUCUAAUAAAAGACUGUUUUGCUAA